GUUCAUGAAUGUGCAUGCAGUGGGAGAUUAGAGGGAGGGUCUUUGUGUGUGAGCAGAGUUUUUAUGUCUUGCUUUUCAUUCAGUGGAUGCUCAGUGGCCCUUGAACAGCAGCUUGGAUUGAACUGUUGACCGGCUGGCUAACAGGUGGGGGAACAGAGAGCUCUGUGAGGAGGGCUGAUACACUCCGGGGAGCUGCAGGAACCAUGUUGAGGAUGCAGACGUUGCUUCUCCUGGCCCUCUGCGCCUGGAACUCGGACGCCUGGUUCUGGUCAAAUCCAGACCCCACCACGCCGGCCUUGCUAGAGAUGGCACCAGCGGGAACGACAGGUGCCGUCAAUGCAACUCAGAAGAAGCCGGAGGAGGAGGAGGAGGACAACUUGUCUGGGGUUGGGGAAGAAAUACUGAAUGUCGCCACAGGAAUCCGUAAGUUUGUCCAGGCGUGGGACGUGACCCCGACCCCCGGAACUAUUAACGGAGGCCCGACACAGAAGGUGGAGAGCGCUAACCCCAACACGACCGACGAGAGCGGCAUCUCUUUGCUUCAGCUGAUCGGAGACCCCCCUCCGGAUGAGAUCCCCAGGGUCAGCGGGCCAAGGGGGGAGAUGGGCUUCCUCUUCAACCGGGCAUCGGUGUCGGGCCAGCCGGCUCUGGCCCACGUCCCAAACCCUUUCCACCGCCACUUCUCCCUCCUCUUCCACAUCAAGCCCUCCAGCCCCGACGCCUCCGUCCUGUUCUCCAUCACCGACGGGCCUCAGAAGAUCAUGUACGUCGGCGUGAAGCUGAGCGCGGUGCAGGGUGGCCGCCAGAGGGUGCAGUUCUUCUACACCGAGCCCGACUCCGAGGCUUCCUACGAGGCCGCCAGUUUCCAGGUGCCCAGCAUGGUGGACACCUGGAGCCGCUUCUCGCUGUCCGUCUUCGAGGAGCAGGUCACUUUCUACCAGGGAUGUGACUCCGAGCCGCAGGUGGUCAAGUUCGAGCGCUCCCCCGAUCCGAUGGAGCUGGACGUGGGGGCGGGGAUCUUUGUGGGCCAGGCGGGAGGAGCCGACGCUGACAAGUUCAAGGGUGUGAUUCUGGAUCUGAAAGUGGUGGGAAACCAUCGUGCAGCGGAGCGCUUGUGUGACGACGAGGACGACUCUGACGCUGCCUCUGGGGACUUCGGCAGCGGUGACGGCGAGCGGAGACACACAGGACACACUGUGAAGACCACUCCUCGUCCCUUGCGGCCGGUACCUGCCCCCCCUCUGAUACCCUCACAGGGAAGCAGACUCAAAGAAUCAGGUCCCGAUGGUGCUAAAGGGGAGAGAGGAGACAGAGGAUACCAAGGCUUAAAGGGGGACAUUGGCCCCGCAGGGCCGAAGGGAGAGUCUGCCUCAGGCUCCUCCAGCUCCUCUGGCUCCUCUGGCUCCUCCGGCUCCUCCUCUCAGAGCGGAGGGCAGAAGGGAGAAAAAGGGGCAAAGGGCAACUCCGGCUUCGGAUACUCCGGCAAUAAAGGAGACCGCGGGGCUACGGGGCCUCCCGGGCUCCCUGGCCCCCCCGGUCCUGCAGCGGAGGUGGUGCGACUUGGGGACGGCUCAGUGGUGCAGCAGGUGUCUGGACCUGCUGGACCACCAGGGUUCCCGGGGUUGGAUGGGGCCCAAGGACCUGCAGGAGCGGACGGAGAGCCUGGGGAUCCAGGAGAGGAUGGAAAAGCUGGUCCUGCUGGGCCCCAAGGUCCUCCAGGAAAUCCAGGAACUGAUGGCGCCAAAGGCCAAAAGGGUGAGGUUGGAGAGGGUCAGCCAGGACCCAGAGGCCCCCCGGGACCCCCAGGACUUCCUGGAACCGGCACCGAGGACCGCCCAACCUUCUAUGACAUGGAGGGCUCAGGAUUCCCAGACUUGGACAAAAUCAGGGGUACACGUGGCCCUCCAGGACUCCCAGGACCCCCUGGCCCCCCUGGGACUUCAGUGGCAUUGGGACCCAACGGCCCGGUAGCUUUCGGACCUCCAGGACCGCCAGGACAGGACGGAGUCCCCGGACUACCGGGACCGCCUGGCCAGCCAGGAAGACCAGGUCCACCGGGUCCCGGAGGAGGGAAGGGUGACGGUGGGGAUCUUGGUCUUCCAGGAGCAGCUGGAGAAAAGCCAAACUCGCAAGACUCCAACUUUUUCACGGGCCUGUUUUCUUACUUUGCUCCAUCCUCUACGGGUUCUCAGGGGGACCUCGGUCUGCAGGGUACUUCAGGGCAGACGGGGCUGGCGGGGCUUCCAGGUCCCAUGGGGCCUGUCGGACCCCCGGGACCUCCGGGGCCACCGGGGCCUUCGUACCGAGGAGGUCAUAGUAACCAGGGUCAUUACGACGUGAACAACGGCUAUUCGGGUCUCCCAGGCCCACCCGGACCUCAGGGUCCACCUGGUAUCGCAGGACUUCCGGGUAGAUCCGGUUUGCCCGGUAAUCAUGGAGACAAAGGAUCCGAGGGGCCUCGAGGACCUCCAGGGAUGCCAGGUCUCGACGGGUUUCCUGGACAGGCGGGUGAUAAAGGAGACAGAGGAAUGAGAGGAGAGCAGGGUCUGCCAGGGCGUGACGGCGGGCAACCGGGGCCUCCAGGGCCACCUGGCCCUCCAGGACAGAUCACCUACCAGAGAAGCGACUCUAAUGAAGUGUUUUGGAGCGAAGUGUCGCAGGGAGGAUCCGGUCUUCCAGGUCGAGCAGGAUUCCCAGGACCCACGGGGCCUAAAGGAGACAAAGGAGACACAGGUCUUCCAGGAUAUGCAGCUAAGGGGGCAAAAGGAGAGCCUGGUAUCAUCCUGGGGCCGGAUGGGAGACCUCAGUACCUCGGGGGGCUUGCGGGACGUCCGGGUGACCCUGGACCCCCCGGCCCUGAGGGACCCCCAGGCCCUUAUGGUGCUUCAGGACAGAAGGGAGAGAUUGGGAUUCCAGGGAGACCGGGUCGCCCGGGGCUGAACGGCGCCAGAGGAGAGAAGGGAGACUCAGGAUCUGGAUCUGGAGUUGGUUACCCUGGUGCUCCAGGUCCACCCGGCCCCCCCGGACCUCCUGGUCCAUAUCCCACAGACAGACAGGGAGGAUAUGAUGAUUAUUCCAGACAUUUCCCCGCUGCUAAAGGAGAUAAAGGUGACCCCGGACUCCCAGGCAGAGUUGAAAUUACAGGAGGCGGGUCGACCUUUGACAUUUACGCUCUGAGGAAUGAGUUGAAAGGUGAAAGAGGCAGCCCGGGCUACAAAGGAGAGAAAGGAGAACCGUCAGGGGGAUAUUAUGACCCCCGAUAUGGAGUGAGCGCGGCCGGAGUCCCUGGAGCGCCUGGACCUCCUGGCCCAAGAGGAGACUCCAUCGUUGGGCCACCUGGCCCUGAGGGCCCCCCCGGUCAACCUGGGAGAGGCUAUGAUGGUCAGCCCGGACCCCCAGGGCCCCCUGGACCUCCAGGAGGAUCCUUACCUGGAGCUUACAGAGGCACACAGACUAUCAAUAUCCCUGGACCCCCGGGACCACCUGGAACACCUGGACUACCUGGACACUCCUCAGGGGUGACGGUGUUGAGGACGUACGACACCAUGACAGCCACCGCCAGACGACAACCUGAGGGCUCUCUGGUUUACAUCAUAGAUCAGACUGAUCUCUACUUAAGGGUCCGAGGGGGGAUACGUCAAGUCCAGCUGGGGAAUUACAUUGCUCUGCCCAUUGAAGAUGGUAACGAGGUCGCAGCUGUGGAGCCUCCACCUGUUGUUCCCUACUCCCCACACCGCGACGAAAACGCCGACACAUCCAGACACGACUCCCAGAGGCAACCUGAGAGUCCCGUCUACCCGGACCCUCACCACCCUACACACCAGGAACCACACCACCCUUCUAACCCUGACCCCAGAUACCCCUCCAACCCUGAUCCCAGAUACCCCUCCAACCCUGACCCGAGAUACCCCUCCAACCCUGAUCCCAGAUACCCCUCCAACCCUGAUCCCAGAUACCCCUCCAACCCUGAUCCCAGAUACCCCUCCAAUCCUGACCCCAGAUACCCUGACCCCCGAUAUCAGCCAGACCCCCGGUUUCCGGCACCCACAGAUCCACGCUUUCCAAGUUACGCAGACCGGCUCAAUCAACCGGAUGGUAGGAUUUCGGUCAACACGGCUCAGGAGCGCCCUGCGUACCCAGACCCUCGCUACGCUGUCACUCCUCAGCGAAGGCCCCCUCCUCCUGUGCCCCAGACUCCAGUGCACCAUCAUACCUCAGGACCAGGGCUCCACCUCAUCGCCCUGAACAGCCCCCACUCCGGCUCCAUGCGGGGAAUCCGUGGUGCCGACUACCAGUGCUUCACUCAGGCGCAGGCCAUCGGGAUGAAGGGAACUUUCCGGGCCUUCCUCUCCGCCAAACUGCAGGAUCUGCACAGCAUCGUGCGCAGGAGCGACAGGGACCACUUGCCCAUAGUCAACCUGAAGGACGAGGUUCUGUUUGACAGCUGGGACGCCAUCUUUAAUGAGGGCAGGAUGAAGGACAACGUGCCCAUGUACUCCUUUGAUGGCAAAGAUGUCCUCAACGACAGCACAUGGCCGGAGAAGAUGAUGUGGCACGGGUCGAACAGCGCCGGGAGGGGUCAGGUGGAAAGCAUCUGCGAGGGCUGGCGUGUGGACGACCGGGCGCUGAGCGGCAUGGCGGCUGCGCUUCAGAGCGGCAAUCUGCUGCAGCAGACCUCCAGCAGCUGCUCCAGCUCUUACGUGGUGCUGUGCAUCGAGAACAGCUACAUCGGCCAAGCCAAGAGAUAAACACACACACACACACACACACACACACACACUGGACAGCUCCCAAAGCCAUGCUUUUGUCCACACUUUUCAAUCUAUUGUAAAUAUGUUUUCCUCUUAUGAAUAAUUACUUUGUUUGUAAGCCAUUCCGAUAUGGUGCUAUACAGGAUCCUCCCACAUGUUGUUCAGCUCAGGAUGCAUACAGUAACACACCCUGCGGCAGCCAUAUUGGAAUCACACAAGGCAGCAGUGUGUUUUCCAGCAGGGACGCUCGCUUGUCUGUGAACAGUUCAUUUCCACUUUUCAGCUAGCAGUCGCUUCAAGGCUGAUAUAAAUGUUGACACUUGCUACUAAAGCACACACCGACUGAUUUAUAUAGACUUUCCUUCUUAGAAAGCCUUGUGAAAGGGUUAUCCAAAGCCAGGGUCACCGGUUUGUUCCUCUCAUGUUACACCAUUACAUACAUAAAGAUCAGCAUGAGUUUAUUACUAAAACGGUCCAACAUCCCUUGAUGCUGUUUAAGAGAUUUCAGAAAUCCUCAGAGACCAUUUGGGUGGAAAAAACAUUCAAUUUAAUGCACAAUAAAUAAGUUUUCACCUUUUAUAAUUAAAGAAAUCCCAUGUUCGUGUCCAAUAUAUACGAGAUAUAUACAUUCUUUGAUUCCUUUAUGCACAACAGGGUCUUAAAGGUUUAUAUUUUCAUCCAGCAGCCGUCUCUACGGACAACUUCUAUGAUUUUUAAAAGCUAUCAGGUUAGCUGUUUUUCAUCAAACAGGAGAGGCCCUAAUAAUAAUGACUUCUUUAUAAUAUUUCCUCAUAGAGAGGGAAAGUUAUAAUUAAUAUCUCUGGCAAGAUAUGUCACACAACACCCCCUCAUUGUUCUUGAUAAAAGGGAAACUAAAUGUAUGAGAAAAGGGAUAAACCUCUGUGAUCCUGGGACGAAAGUAUGUCUUUACAACUGUAGUACCUGAAGAGCAGUGUUAGUAAGGAUUUAAAAAAGGUUUCCUGUGGUUUUAAUUCCACUUUUAUAUGCAGUAUUUGUCGGUGCUAGAGUGGAACAUGGAGUAAUUGAAAUACUCAGGUGAGUAUUGGUGCAGUCAUCAACACAUUUCAGCGUCCAAGUGCAACACAAACCCGAGUUGUUUAUUAAAAUGUGUGUUUUUACUUCUUUUCCUUUACACUGAUGUGACCUGUAACCCAUAGCACUUCAGUAAUAGCCUUUUGGGGUUACGACUGUCUUGCAUGGGAAGAUGUUGUGGUGUUUUUAGCAGCAACAAAGGGAUAUUUAUUUUUUAUAAACCGUGCAUUUUCUAGUAUAGUGUGUGUUGUGAAUGCUUUCACAAAGAAUAAUAACAUUGUCAAAUAUAUCCAGAAAAUGUGCAACAGGGAUACAAAGUUUGUGCAGAAAGCAAACAAAUCCAGAUAUCUGGACAGGAUUCAGCCAUAACUGUUUGUCUAUGCACUGUUGCUUUUUCUAUUCCUCUGUUGGUUUUUAUUCCCUCACAAACAGUAAAUGCACUGCAGCCACCUGACAGCAUGCACUCACUGCGGUUAAACCCAACCAUUCAGUAGUUACAUCAGAAGACAAUAAAGUGACAUUUCCACAUGCCUUAACAACUGCAGUAAGUAUCAGUUUUGACCGUGUGUUGAUGAGCAUCGUUUGAAAAUGCUGCAUCUGCUUGAAUAAACCUGUGUGGAAAGUG